GCGCUGCCCCCCGACGCCGCCGACCCCCGCGUCUCCCCCGACCUCUUCUGGGGCACCUACCGGCCCCACGUCCUCUUCGGCAUGAAGACGCGCAGCCCCCGCAGCCUCGUCGCAGGGCUGAUGUGGCUGGUGCAGGAGCCGGGGGGCGGGUUCGAGCUGCGCCACACGUGCGAGCAGAGCGAGGGCCUGGGCCCCUUCACCUGGGAGCGGCACGACGGGCACACCUUCGGCCGCCAGCUGGUCCGCGACGGGCCGCUGCGCCUCACCACCGAGUUCCUCAAGCGGCCCGGGGGCCGCCACGGAGGCGACUGGAGCUGGCGGGUCACGGUCCGCACGCAGGGCGCGGGGGCCCCGACGCUCCUGUCCCUCUUCUUCUACGUGGCCACCGACGGGCAGGGCCGGCUGCGGCCCGAGCCGGCCGAAGGGGACGGGUCGCGCCCGGCCGGGGUCCGCGGCCGCACCGAGGAGCUGGGGGACUUCUACCUCACGCUGCUGCCCCCGACGGACGCGGAGGGCUCCGGGCCCCGCCACGCCAGCUACGACGUCUUCUCGGGUCCCAGCCCGGGGCUGCACCUGCUGACGGAGGCGGUGAGGAGCCGGCUGGUCCGCCGGGCGCGGCACCGGCCCCCCGGGGGCCCGGCCCGCCGCUACGUGGGGCUGGCGGGGGGCCCGGCCGGGGAGGGGGGGGGGCCCGGCCGCGGCCGGCUGCUGGUGCAGCAGGUGACCCUGGCCCCGCCGGCCCGCGUGGAGCUGGCCUUCGAGUCGGGCAGCGCGGCCGAGGGGCGGCGGGGCCGGCUGGCGGGGGCGGCCCUGAGCGAGGGCCUGGCCCGCCGGGAGGCCGCCUUCGAGCGGCGCUUCGAGGCCGCCUUCGGGCUGGCGGCCCGCGGGCUGGGCCCCGCCGAGCGCCACCUGGGCCGGGUGGCCCUCAGCGGGCUGCUGGGCGGCGUGGGCUACUUCCACGGCCCCGGCCUGGUCCUGCCCGACCCCGCCGGGGAGGAGGCCGGGGGGGAGGCCGGGGGGGAGGCCGAGGGGCCCCCGCUGCCCUUCCCGGAGGCGCCCCUGUUCACGGCCACGCCGUCGCGCUCCUUCUUCCCGCGGGGCUUCCUGUGGGACGAGGGCUUCCACCAGCUGCUGGUGCAGCGCUGGGCCCCGCGGCUGAGCCGCCAGGUGCUGGCCCACUGGCUGGGCCUCCUCAACGCCGACGGCUGGAUCGGGCGCGAGCAGGCCCUGGGCGACGAGGCCCGGGCCCGGGUGCCCCCCGAGUUCCUGCCCCAGCGGGCCGCCCACGCCAACCCGCCCACCCUCUUCCUGCCCGUGGAGCGCAUGCUGGAGGAGGAGGAGGACGACGGCGACGGCGACGGCCGGGAGGGCGGGGACGAGUUCGGGGCGGGGGCCGAGGAGCGGGAGGACUUCCUGCGCCGGGCCUUCCCCCGCCUGCUGGCCUGGUUCUCCUGGCUCAACCGCACGCAGGCCGGCCCGGGGCCCCUGUCCUACCGCUGGCGGGGCCGCGACCCCGCCUCCCGCCGCUUCCUCAACCCCAAGACCCUGCCGUCGGGCCUGGACGACUACCCGCGGGCCUCGCACCCGUCCCCCGAGGAGCGCCACCUGGACCUGCGCUGCUGGCUGGCCCGGGCGGCCGAGGUGCUGGCCCGCCUGCGGGCGGCUGCGGGGCGGGAGGCGGCGGGGCUGCGGGCCCUGGCCGCCGCCCUGAGGCGGGAGGACGGGCCCCGCGGCCUGGCCGCCCUGCACUGGGCCGAGGAGCUGGGCGCCUUCGCCGACUUCGGCAACCACACGCCCACGGCGCGGCUGGUCCCGGCCCCGGCCUCGGCCCCGGGCGGGGGCCCCCCGCCGUCCCCGGGGCUGGUGCGGGUGGCGGGGCCCACGCCCCCGCGGCCGCGCUACGUGGACGCCCUGGGCUACGUCAGCCUGUUCCCGCUGCUGCUGCGGCUGCUGGAGCCCGGGUCGGCGCGGCUGGGCCCGCUGCUGGACGCCGUGGAGGACGGGGGCCGCCUCUGGACGCCCUACGGCCUGCGCUCGCUGGCCCCCGCCAGCCCCCUCUACGGCCGGCGCAACACGGAGCACGACCCGCCCUACUGGCGGGGGGCCGUGUGGCUCAACCUCAACUACCUGGCGCUGGGGGCCCUGCGCCACUACGGCGGCCGGGAGGGGCCUCACGCCGCCCGCGCCGCCCGCCUCUACGCCGCCCUGCGCGCCCGCCUGCUGGACAACGUGGCGCGCCAGUACCGGGCCACCGGCUUCCUGUGGGAGCAGUACAGCGACCGCGACGGCCGCGGCCAGGGCUGCCGCCCCUUCCAGGGCUGGACCAGCCUCGUGCUGCUCAUCAUGGCCGAGGACUACUGACCGCCGCCCCCGGCCCCCCGCCCAGAGCUCCUCUAUUUUUCUACAAUAAAAGGGGAGGCGGUCCCGUCCCCCCCCC